CGGAAGCGAAAGGGCGAUGUAGUAUAGAGCUCGCACUCGGCUCGCACCUGCAAGGACUGAACCUUAAGUGAAAAAGCGUCGGGACGUUUCUCUGUAUAAUGAAAGACUCAGCCAAGAACCCGCUAGUUGCAAUGAAAUUGUCAGUGGUGCCUCUCGUUCUCUCAUUUGCCUGCGCUACGAGCACUGUGAUCGUCUCGACAAGCGAGGGUCGCCUUCGAGGUCGGAACUCGACAAUACUCGACAAAGAAAUCCAAGUAUUUCUGGGCAUUCCGUACGCUAAGCCACCUGUGGGUAAUCUGCGGUUCAAUAAACCUCAGGCGCCCGAGCCGUGGCACGGAGUGUACGAUGCAACAAGCGCCAAGGACUCCUGCAUGCAACCUGCAUUUCUCGAGGUUUUCGACAUACCGACAGCGCUUUCCGAGGAUUGCCUUUACGUGAAUGUUUGGACUCCGUUAGCUACAGCCCGGCAGCGAUUCCCCGUUCUAGUGUGGUUUCACGGUGGCAGGUUUCAGGUGGGGUCGGCCUACGAACCAAGGUAUAACGGCUCUGCCUUGGCAGCGCUCAAUGAUGUGGUGGUCGUCUCUUGCAACUUUCGACAGUUUAUACUGGGCUUCCUGGAUUUGAGUCAUACAACGGCUCCCGGUAACUUGGCGCUGUGGGACCAACUGGCCGCCUUGCAGUGGGUGAAGCGAAACAUACGAGUGUUCGGAGGAGACCCGGGUAGGGUCACGGUCUUCGGUGAAAGCUCCGGUGCCAUGUUGCUUCACGGCCACGUUUUGUCACCGCACAGUCGCGGGCUUUUCCACAGGGUCUUCCUUAUGAGCGGGACUAUGAGCACCGACUCAUGCAUGCACUCCUCGUCCGAGAGCAUCGCUGCAAUCAACACCAUCUCCAAGGCCGUCAGCUGCGGCACGUACGAUGGGUCAACCAAUCCUGACGAAGUGCUCGAUUGCCUCCGAAACCAACCCGCUCAAGAUCUCUGCGCAGUGAAAUCAGUGAUAACGCGACCGACAUUUGAGAACGAGUUCAUACCGUGCCGACCUUCGCUUGCCAUGGAGGAAGGAUACUUCGAUCCCUACGAUGCGAUGAUCAGUGUCACAGCUAAUGAGGGAGCUUUCAUUUUCCAUCGCCUCUCCGACAAAGGGCUUCUUAAAGACGACUUGAAUUCUUAUGAAUCGGAAAGAUUUAGAGCUUCUUUGCAAAGCCUUGUCGGCGUUUUCUUUAGGGGGAGAGCCUUUUCCGUUGCCAUGGACUACAUGAACAAGGUUCACAUCGAUGACAAAGUUGCACUGAGGAACAUGGUGGCGGACAUGCUGGGUAACCACUUUUUCUACUGCCCGACAAGAGUCUUCGCAGAAAAAUAUUCUGCUAAGGGCAAUAACGUAUAUGCUAUGGUUUUCGGGCAUCGUUCCGAGAAAUCGCAGCUGCCAGAGUGGUUUGGUGCGACACAUCUGGAAGAGGUGCCUUUCGUGUUUGGUAUUCCGUUCCUGAAUCAGGCUAAUUACACGGACAGGGACAGGGAAUUCAGCGCAGACACCAUGAAAAUGCUGGCAUCAUUCGCUCGAAGUGGGAGGCCUACUUUACCUGACCGUAAGAACUGGCCCAAGUUCACACCUGAACAUCCAGACUUUAUGUGGCUUCAGGCAGGCAAUUACACCAUCGCAGAAGAUUUCGCCUCAGCCGCCUGCGAUCUGUGGAAACAAUCACUCUGAAAUUAUUCUGGAUGCGCGGACUACGCCGCCGAACACGCAUAGUAACAUCCUGAGGCCGAAACCAAAAACCGCAUGGUAGUUUCAGGCGCUGAUGUUUAGGAAUAUUAUGUUUUCCUCAUUAAGAAAUUAAGA